ACGGUAUCUACAGCAUUUACAGCUACGCUCAUACCAGGUUAAGAAGAAACUCAGUAAAGAAACGGGACGUAUUUUGGAGCUGUUUCGACCUGCCCACACCCUACCCUGACUUUCCCAGAAAACAGGCGAGCAAGCAAGGGGCAAAUGCGACGGCCAAGCCUCCCGCCUACGGCUUCCAGCCUCCUCAGAUCCCGGCGCACAGCCCCGCCGGACUUCCCCCGGAGCCGCCUCCAAGAGCGGGCACUGCGUGAUCUGAUUCACUCCAAAUCCGGCUGUCCCCCAGGGGUGGAGUUUGACCGCUGGGGCUCCCCGGCAGCGCUAGGCAGAGGCGUUGCAGCAGCAGCAGCCGCCUGCACGCUGAGUAAGGAGCCAGCCUCCGCCGCCGCCUCCUCCUGCCGGCUCGGAGUAGGCAGCACAGCCAGGGCCUAUCGCUGCCAUGCAGCCAGCAGUGGGCCGCCGCUCCCCCCGCGCGGCCCCGGCCCUCACACUGUUAUUUGCGUGACUGACCCGAGCCGCGCGGGAGGGGAAGGCGGGCCCGGCGAGGCGCUGGCGGGGAGGGGGAGGCCGGGCCCGCCCGCUCCUUCUACUCUGGCCGGCUGCGGAAGCUCUCUCUUCCCCAUUGGCCAUACGCUCGCGUCCAUCACUCCCGCGAGACGCUUCGAUUGGCAGAAGGCGCACUUCUGGCGAAGACGGCCGAGUGACUCCGCGGCUCUCCGGCGCCUCCUCCUUCCCUCCACCCCCCACUUUAACGUCCACCCACCUCUCCCCACCCCCUACUCCGCUGCCCCCGCCCCGCUCGCGGCAGUGUCCUUAGAAGACUCAUUGGGCCAGGGGCGCAGCCAGCCGCUUAACGAGCCGCGCCGCCAUAGGUCGAGGUCCACGCCCGUCGGAACGGCGGGCCUCACCAUUGGGUCGCUCCGCUCCGCUCCUGCCCCUUCAGUGCCGCACCCUCCCGUCGCCGCCUCCCUGCCCGGCUCUCUCUCUGCCCUCUUACCCCGCCCGUCCCCGCCGCAUCUCCCCAGUCCAGCUGGGCGGGGACUGCUGUACGACUCUGUAAAGUCUCCCAGACGUCCCCUCCCUCGCUGCCAUCCCGACCCGUCUCGGAGCUGGACCGGGUGCCGACUUCGCGGAAGGGGAGGCAUUACAACACAGAGUUUUAAAUUUCUCAGUCACUGGACAAAGUGGAGUAUGUGAAGGAUAUGAAGAAAUAUGGAUUAUUUCUCUUUUGAUAUCCAUCUUUUGUGUACUUGAUUGCUUGUUCAGCAGUGUCAUACUACAGAAUUUUGUAAAAUUUUAAUUUGGUUUCUUGGUUGUCCAUAGUUCAGAAGUACAAAUACCUGUCCAUAUAUGCUUUAUGAGGAUGUUGCCGUAUGCAUCUUUUUUUUGAAAUAAAAGUAAAAAUUAUGAGAAAUGGUUGCUGAGAAUUGGCUUCUGAGGUUGCUUUUUAGAAUUCAGCUGUUUUAAAAUGGUAUCACUCUUUUUGAAUGAAGUUCUGGGCUAGUUGUCCACAAGAUUCAAAUUAGGCCAAACCAAACAUGUUUUGAAAUAUUAAAGUACGGGAAAGGCCUCUUAGUAGUUCAUUCUCUCCUUCUCUUUCAGAGUAACCAGAAUAAGUUGUUACUAAAUUUAAUUUUAAAGAAUAGACUGUUCCUGUACUGAAAUCUGCGAAGUUGCUACAGAAACAUUUCUUUUUAAAGAGCAGAAAUGUGUUUAUGAUCAGCCCAAAGUAGUAAAGUCGAAAAGUGACUUAAAUGUAAAUGCUGUCUUAAAGAAAUGCUUGUCAUAAGCCCCAAAACCUUCCAGAGUGUUUCAGGAAGACUUAUACAAAGCCUUUUUGAAUUGUUUAAUAAAUUUUAUCAUGUGACCUUUUUUAUAAGAUCGAAUUAUUGAAAGAUCUCAUAGUACAAGGGAGUCAUCCUGCCAGAGUUUGAAUCUUACCACCAUCCCUCACUGGCUGUGUGACCUUGGGGACAUUUCUAAUCUGGCCUUUGUGGGUUUUGUCCUGUGGAUGGAAAGGAUGACUUCUCAAGGGGUUGUUAUAAGGUUGCAAGAGAGUACAUGUCACCGUGCACUCCAUGUUAGCUGCCCCAUCAUCACCAGUAGUCUCAGAGAGGUAUCUAGUGUAGUCGUUAAGAGUAGGACCUCAUGCUGGCUCGUGCUUAAAAUCCCAGCACUUUGGGAGGCUGAGGUGGGAGAAUGGCUUGAGCUCAGGAGUUUGAGACCAACUGGGUCAAGAUGGUAAGAUCCAGUCUCUACAAAAUCGUUUUAAAAACAAAAAAAGUGGGGCCUCCAGAAGCAGAUUUUGUAAGUUUAAGUACUAGCUUUUCCUCAUUAAAAGUACUAGGCCAAGUCAGCCUAGAUUCCUCAUCUGUAAAAUGGGAAUAAUAGCACCUACUUCAUAGGAUUAUUGUGAUUGCACAGAAUGAGUUAAUGUAUGCAAAGAUCUUGAGUAGUCUUUGGUGCAUCUUUGCAAGUUUAACUCUUAUGUGCCUUGUAUAUUUUGAAAUAUGAAUGACUAUUUUUUUAAAGAUUUUUUUGUAAAGAUAAAAAUUAUUGUUACUAAAAUAAGCAUAAUUUUUAUCAGUAUGCCUGAUGUUUUAUGGGAUUUAUACUUUUAUUCUAGAGUUUGUAUGACCCUCUAAGAAAUACAGCUACUGGGCCAGGCACAGUGGCUCAUUCCUCCUCUAAUCCCAGGAUUUAGGGAGGCUGAGAUGGGAGUAUUGUUUGAGCCCAGGAAUUUGAGACCAGCCUGGGCAACACAGCGAAACCCCAUCUCUACAAAAGAUACAAAAAUUAGCUAGAUGUGGUGGCAAAUGAUUGUAAUCCCAGCUAUUGAGCACUGGAGGUGGAGGCCGCGAUGAGCCGUGAUUACGCCACUGCAUGCACUCCAGUUGGGUGACAAGACCUGUUUUUUUUUUCUUGAGACGGUCUCACUCUGUCACCCAGGCUGGAGUGCAGUGGCACAAUCUCGGCUCACUGCAACCUCCGCCUCCAGAAUUCAAGUGAUUCUCCUGCCUCAGCCUCCCUAGUAGCUGGGAUUACAGGCGUAUGCAACCAUGCCCAGCUGAUUUUUGUGUUUUUAGUAAAGAGGAGGUUUCACCAUGUUGGCAAGGCUGGUCUUGAACUCGUGACCUCAAGUGAUAUACCCGCCUCAGCCUCCCAAAUUGCUGGGAUUACAGGCAUGAGCCACCACACCUGGCAAGACCCUGUUUCAAAAAAAAAAUAAUAAGGAAAAGAACUUUAGCCGAUCCCCUUUCAUUUAAACUUGCAUAAUAGAAUGUACAUACCUCUAUUGUAAGUGUAACACAUAUCACACAUUUGCUGUGAUCUGUGACUUUCUCUCCUGUUAAACAGAAAACUCUUUGAGGGUAAGAAUAGUAUUUCAUUUAUAAUUUAAUCUCCAGUGCCCAGUGCCUUGUAUUUAAAGAAGCUUAAUUAAUGCCUGUGAAAUUAAUUAAAACUCUCAUGUUUAUAGUAGUUGAGUGACAUUAUAAGUGCUAUUGAAGAGAAUGCUAUUAUUUGUAUUAUUGAAUUGAAUUUUCACUUUCUCAAUUAUUUUUGCAAAUAGAGAAUAAAUGAGAGGAAUUACACUAUAAUUUACUUUUAAUUAUGGAACUUUUUUAUUUUCAAGGUUAAACAGAAAAGUAUCCCUCUUGUAUCCUCCUUUGAUACCUGACAUGUCCAGUUUUUAAUCAUAGUCUUCUGACUCCCACACUUUCUGUCAUUAAAUUGGAUAUUGUUAAUAAUUAAUAUGAAUUAUAUGAAUUAGAUUUGGAAUGUCUCAAAAAUGAUGAUAUGAUGUUAUCUGCUACAGAUUAAUGAUAAUAAAGAGAAUUUAUCAGCCUAAUCCUAUGAAAUUAAAAUGGCACCAUUUCCUUCAGGACCACAUCCUUAUUCUCUUUCCAUUCAAGAGUGAAACUCCUUCUCUUGAGCAGUCUUAAUAAAUAAUUAGCUAUUGAAAUAGCUGCACCAGGAAUCAUAAAGGAAGUAUAUGUAAUUGGUAAAUAAGACCCUUACACUUUAAACUUCACCAAACGCUUAAUAGGUGUUAUUCAAUUGGGGAAUAUAUUUUUAAAAAUAAGCAAAGUUGAUGGGGCCUACCACCUGUCUCAUUUAUAGAAUCAUUCUAUUUUACUUGUCAAUAAAAUCCAGUCUAAUUACUGAGUCCUCUGAAGUUAUAAAAAGCCAGAAUUAUGUUUCAUUAGAGAUCCUUGAUGAUAAAGUCUGAAUACUAAUCUACUCAGAAUUGUUACAGUGUUCCAUCAUAUUGUUAAAACUUUUCAAACACAUAUAUGAAAUAUCUAUUACAAUGUGCGUAAUUUUGUAUAUAUAAAUCUUUGUUUAACCAAAUCAUCAGUUAUCCAGUUUUGUUGAAAAUAUUACAUUUUCAUUGGCUAAAACAAUUAAUUUAGAAAACUUGUCCUUUUUUUUUUUGCUUUUAUACAUUUAAAGCAGCUGAUCUAAAGUGAAACUUUAAAAAUUAAUGAUUUAUAAGCACUUAGAAACUGUACUUUGGUGUCUGGUAUGCAAGACUGAAAGUCUCUUUAUUUUUCAUUUGACGCAUUUUAGCAUGACAUUUAUUCUGUAGUUCAUACCUCUUUCAGCUUUUUUUUUGUGUGUGUGUGUGUGAGGAUGUUUGGGUGUUUAUUAGUAUUUUACAGACAUAUACAAUGUCUGCAGGUUUUGUUUAAAAACCAGUGUUUGUUGUGUAUAAUUAUUUGGAAAGAAGAGCAAGGAGGGGUCGAAGUAACCUUUGAGGCUUGUGAUUUCUACCCUUGUCUUCUUAUAUUAGGAAUAUAGAUAACUACCUAUAUAUUUUAUUACUAAUUAAAAGGAGAAGGAAAUAAUAUGUGCAUUAUCUUAUGACCUAAACUAAGAAUUAAGGUCCACAAAGUUCUGUACGGAGUGAUGCUACUGAUUGGCAUGUGACCUUGAGCAUUACACUUAACCUCUACCGCUCUCCAUGAGUGAAGGCAUUUACCCUCUGCUCACUCACAGAGGAAGUUGUAGGGGUCAGCUGUAAGUGCUUUUUGAAAGCAUUUGAGAAGGACACAAUGCAAGCAAAUACAAAGUAAACAUUAGCAUUUAGAAAUGAGUAUUUGUUCAUCAUUAUUUAAAAGUUGUGAUCUUUCAGAUUUUUUAUCUAAAGGGCAUUUUUUCUUUUAAUUUUAUAUGUGAAGAGACUUCUUACUAGUAUGUUCACAAAAAUGUAUAUAUGAUACCUUUUAAAGAAGCAAGGAACUUUGGUUUAGCUGAAUGGGGUUUUAAAUGUUAACACUGAGUUUUUGGUACAUCCUGAGUUAUAGCAGAUGUUGCUAUUCUUGAGAACAAACUUCAGGUAUCUGAGAAGUAAUACAUUUUAUUAAGUUAAAGUUUAUAAAGCUUACACUUGCAUUGCAGGAAAGCAUGUUGAGACUUAGAUUCCAUUUAGCCAUCUAUUCAAAUAGAAAAAUUAUAUUAUUUACUUUUAAAUUUCAAAAGAAUUACCUAGCUAUAGGACCCCUCUUGUUUUAUUACUAUUUUUGAGAAGAAUGGAAUCCCUGGAAAGGACCCUUCUUUAUACCCAUUUUUUUUAAACCUUGAAUGAAGUGAAAUAUGCAUAUUUCAGACUAUAGUGGCAUGGAGAAUUUGAUUUAUUUCAGCUAAUUUUGUAUUUCAGAAAGCUAGGGAGCACAGGUGUGGAAAGGCUGUAUUUUAAGAAACAAGUGUUUUUUUCCCCCUUUCUUGUCCCUAAGAAUGAGUUAUGAAUUAUUAAAAUUUAAAAGUCAAAGACUUAGAGUUAGCAUUAUAUACAGUUUUGUCUCUCUGAUUAAUAGCAGAAUUAUCACAACCUCAUAAUAUUACUCACUUUUUUUUGUUUUUUGAGACGAAGUGUCACUCUGUUGCCUACGUUGGAGUGCAGUGGCGCGAUCUCGGCUCACUGCAACCUCUGCCUCCCGGGUUCACGUGAUUCUCCUGCCUCAGCCUCCCGAGUAGCUGGGAUUACAGGUGCAUGCCACCAUGCCCUGCUAAUUUUUUGUAUUUUUAGUAGAGAUGGGGUUUCACUGUGUUCUCCAGGAUGGUCUUGAUCCGCUGACGUCAUGAUCCACCUGCCUUGGCCUCCCAAAGUGCUGGGAUUAUAGGCAUGAGCCACCGUGCCUAGCCCUGAUAUUACUAACUUUUUUAAGUAAAUAUGAAAUUCUAGUGUACUCAGAAUAACAACUAUUAAAACAAGUAAGGCAUGUAAAGAAAUAUUAUUUCUUUGAACUGACAUUAAGAAGAGUGAAUAAUGAUCCUCAAAUGUGAGGUUUCUGAGCAGAAAGCAACUUCAAAAAACAUAUUGUCCUUACUGUUCAGUAGCCAACUGAAUGAAACUUAGAAUCAUCAGUUUUCUUUUUGAAUUUAAAGUUCACAUUGAUGUUUAUAAUGUGUGUGUGUUGAUAUCUAUAACUCUUUGGUUUUGAAUAUUUACCUUUAACAUAUUAAAUGAAAUGACCAAACUAAUCUACCUUUUAUUUAAAUUUUAUCUAUUUUUUACAACCUUCUUUUUGUUCUUACAUUGUAUUUCAGUUUUCUUAAUAUUUCCAUGUUUUCCUUUUUCCUUUUAUGCAGCAUAUUUUUUUAUUUUACUCUAUCUUCUGUCUUCCUCCCAAGAAUCAUAGGAAUUCUUUUUCCUUGAUCAUAGCAGGUUUUUUCCGUUAGCUCCCUUUGCAUUUGCCUCUAUAUAAGGUAUGGAGUAGGGGUUAUUUAUUUAUUUUAGUCUGCUUUAUGAGACUGAUGGAAAGACAUUCUCCAUAGAACAUUCGCCUUGCCUUGUUUCAGAAGAUGAGCUCUCUGAUCAUCUUAUCUACACAAACUUAAGGGACCACAUCAUAAACCUAAGACCAAGUUUUAGCUUGUGUGAGGUGGUAACAAGGGAAAACUGUAACAUGUUUAUUAUUUACUGAUUUUCUAUUAAUCUAUUUUAUGUGGAGGAGCCCAGAUUUUUUUCUGUUCACAUCAUCUUGAAAUGUCCAAGCUUUUUUUUUCUUUCCCUCCAUAUCUGGUGCCCCGGUAAGUUUUGGAGGUUGUUUCUGCCAUGAUCAUCGCCACCUGACCACGAGGAGGGUGACUUGCCCGAGAACAUCACAUUAGCUGGGAUGAGCAGCUCCUUUGUUUUGUUUUGUUGUUAGCUCCUUAAAACCAGGCAGAACAUCAGACCAUGUCCACUGUGAGAUUUUCUAAUGUUCACCAUUGUGGAAUUAUUAAUGGUCCCUAGUGAAGUAACCAUCAGCUUCAUUAUCUUCCAUGGUUUCAACUCAAAUGAAAUGUAUCCCUUUGAGUUAACUUUAGUUUUGAUUUUAAGAGUUCUUAUCCAGAAAAUCAAAGUAUAAAAAUAAACAUGUAUUUUUAAAUGUAAAAGAUUUACAUAAAAAUCCUAUAAGUAAAAAAGUUUUUGUAAGUACCAAACUUCAUUGAUCUGGAGAAAAUAUUUAAUAGUUUCUCAGAAUAUCUGAUAUUAUUCAGAUAUCAGUAGUAAAAGAGCUUUAAAUUUGAUUAAGCAAAAAUAAAUCCUCCUUUUGAUUUAAAAAGCAAAGUCUAUUUUUACUUUUUAUUUAAACAAUUUGAAUACAAAAUUAGAUAAACUGAGUUUUGGAGUUGAUUAAAUAAGGAUUUCCCAGAAGUGGUACUUUAUAAAAUGUAUGCCUUGUGGAAGAAGUUUGAUCUUUAUUAUACAGAUACAUCCCAUUUUUGGCUUCUGUUCAUUUACUCAUGUAGUUAAUUCAACAGGUAUUUAUUGAGCACUUACUAUGGGUUAGCUACUCUUGAUAAACACGUUUGAAAUAGUGGGGAAGAAGAGGGAUGAAUAUGCCUGCCCUUAUGGAAAUUCCAAACUAUUUUGGGAGUGUUUACAACUUGUUAUCUAUUAUUUGGUGUAGUUAUAAUUAAGCAUUAUACAAUAAUGACCUGAAAAAAGUAAGGAUUCUUUCAAUGGAUUUUACGCCUGCUGACUUGGUGUAAAAGAAACCCUAAAUCCUAAAACAAAAUUCCACUUAAGUGGACAAUUCUUAUUUGAAUUUGAGUUGAAAUAUUAAAAAACAAUACUGUCAGUAGUUUCUAACAGAAAUCAUGAAUCAUCCUCAUUUCUGAACCCUGGAAAACCUUACAGUGGACAGAGUCUGAAAUUUCUCCUAGGUUUUCUUUACACUUUUAAGUUGUUUUCUCCUAUUGCUUUGUUUUUUUUGUAACAGAGCCUGAGAAUAAGGAUAGCACUGAAAAUUGCACAAUGGAAAUGGAGGCAUCUCUGCUAUAUUGCAUAAUUAACAAGAAAAUCUUAAGUUUUCUUUGUCUUAAGAAAUUAGUAUACAUUAAGAACUAAUUUUUUGUUUCUAUGAUUGUACUAUGUAAUUUCCUUAACAAACAAAUAAAAUCCUUAGGGUUUAUUUCCACCUCGAAUGUUAAAGUAGAUAUACCUAAGUAUCUAUGCAGUAAAACUAGCAUUCAUACUGUAUAAUAUAUAUUGAUUUUUAUUAAUUGUUUUAUUUUUAUUCAUAAAUGUUUAAUACGUGUCCUAAGUGCUUGAGGGUAUCAGAGGCUAAUAAUAAGAAAUGUCAUCUGCUUAUAAUGGUGUUCACAGUCUAGUUAGAGACAAAAGAACCCCACAUGAAAAUUAAAGCAUUUAUAUUAGGUAAUAUGUGAUUUAGCUUAGUGGGAAGUCUAGUGUAGGCCACUACAGUAAGCCUAAUCUUGCAUCAAGUGAACUUACUAUGUAGAAGAAGUUCUAGGUGGCCUUCCUGGGAAUCCAUCCUUCCUUUUAAGUCUGGACAAAGAUGGUUAGCAGGCUUUCUUUUUAUGUUAAUUAUCUAGAAAGUCUUUUUGUCCUUGGACACCUAAGGGUAGAAUAUUCUCUGCGCUAGCUGUUGUAGUGCCUCAGCAAGAGAGGGAGGGAGGAAGAGGGAAUGGAGCACACAUUCUACCCAUUUAUUACAUUCACAAGCUAUCACCUUUGGAAGCAAAAAUUGCACCUGAGAAUAGAAUAUAUGGACACAGUAUGAGUACAUUUUAGGUUCUUGAGAAUAACAAUUAUUUAAGACUGGGCACAGUAGCUCACGCUUACAAUCCGUGUGCCUUGGGAGGCUGAGUUGAGAAGAUUGCUUGAGGCUAGGAGUACGAGACCAGCAUGGGCAACAUAGUAAGACCCCUGUCUUCGAACACAAAAAACUUAGCUAUAGGUGGUAGUGCGCACCUGUGGUCCUAGCUAGCUACUUGGGGGGCUGAGACAGAAGGACGGCUUGAGCCCAGUAGGUUAAGGAUACAGUGAGCUAUGACUGAGCCACUGCACUCAAGCCUAGGCAACAGAGUAAGACACUGUUUAAAAAAAAAAUUAUUUCAGGCUGGGCGUGGUGGCUCACGUCUGUAAUCCAAGCUCUUUGGAGGCCAAGGCGGGUGGAUCACCUGAGGUUGGGAGUUCAAGACCAGCCUGACCAACAGGGUGAAACCCUGUCUUUAUAAAAAAAAAAAAAAUUAUUUCAAAGCUUUAUGAAGUCUGAUACAUCAAUAUGGGCCCCAUGGACAAAGGGAGUUCCCUGAAAAUGGAAGACUCACUGGAAGGGGAGUUAAAACGUGGAGUUGGAAGCUUUUGAUAGUUACUAGAGAUACUUCCUCAGUUUUCCCUAAAGUAGCCCUUCCCACAAGAUGGGUGUCCUCCAGGCCUAAUAUGACAAAUUUAGGAAGUUUGCAUAUAUUGCUGUGAUUUAUAGAUAUAAUCUUUGUAAAUUGUUUUGCUUUGGAAUUAGCUGAAGAUCCUGAUGUGUGUGUGUGUGUGUGUGUGUGUGUUUAAAUUCUCAAAUGUAAUGUGUGACUGUGGCUUUUGUUUUCAUUUUCUUGGAUAUAUGAAAAUAUUAAGCAUUGCUUUGUUUUUAUAGUGCAGGUGUUUGUUUAUUUGAAGCUAAAUCUAAGACAGAAUAAUGCAAUGUAUGCUUGCCUCUUAGAUUUAAAUUAGGGGGAAAAGUCCAGGUACAGUGGCUCAUGGCUAUAAUUCCAACACUUUGGGAGGCUGAGGAGGGCAGAUCACCUGAGGUCAGGAGUUUGAGACCAGCCUGACCAACAUGGUGAAACCGCAUCUCUACUAAAAAUACAAAAAUUAGCUGGGUGUGCUGGCAGGUGCCUGUAAUGCCAGCUACUUGGGAGGCUAAGGCAGGAGAAUUGCUUGAAUCUGGGAGGUGGAGGUUGCAGUGAGCUGAGUUCAUGCCACUGCACUCCAGCCUGGGAGACAGAGCAAAACGCCAUCUCAAAAUAAAUAAAUAAAUAAAAAGAAAUAAAUUAGGAGAAAAAAAUCCCCAAAGCCUCAGUGUUUAUUUUAUCUGUUAAUAAAAGUAUUUGGACCCUUAUGUGGAUACUUCCUUUUUCUUUUUCUUUUUUUUAAAGAUAAUCUGUAUGAAGAGUUUCUUUUCCUGAAAACUGUUUCUCCUAGAACCGUCACUCAAUCUAUAUGAUUCAAAAAGCCACUAAAGGUAGUUAUGUUAAUUAUCUAGAAAGUCGUGAUGGUUUUGAGGGUAUAUACAUAUGUCACAACUUACUAAAUUGUACAUUUUAAAUAUAUGCACUUAUCGUAUAUUAAGAACACUUUUUUAAAAAGCCACCCAGAUUGUAAGGUAUGUUAUCAAGAUAAAAUACCUGUUAUAAGAAUUAUAUUUUUUAAGUUUGUUAUUUAUUUUUUAUUUCUUUAUUUCAUCCACCAAAAGGAUAUUGAUGAGAUAUUUCAUUCACCUAUAUCUCAUACCCCAGACACACAUAUUUCAAGUAAGAAAGACAAAUAGAAUUAAGGAGGCCUUUGUGCCUAUUGAAAUUUAGGUAUAGGACCUUAGAGAGCUUUUUACCAUAUGUAAAAAUAUGGAGAAAAGACUCACUAGAGUAUCUUUAAAUAAUUUGCACAAAUUUGAAUGUGGAGAAUUGGAGUUGUGUAUUCUUCAAGGAAUCCUUUUCUUAUAGUUUAACAGAUUAUGACUCAUCUUUGGCAAGGAGUAAAGAGCAUGAUUUUAGUGAGGCUCUUUCCUCCCCUUUUCUUUCUUUCUUUCUUUUUUUUUUUUUUAGAAGAGGUUAAAUGGCUUAAUGCUUUUUAAAUAUUCCUUUCUCUCCCCCGCAUGUUAUACAUUAAAUUUUGGCAUGUUGGGCCAUAGACUCUGUGAAUAGAUUUGUUUAGGGAAAAACUAGGUUUGUUCCAUUAUUCUUGCUUCUAUGGUCUUGAGCACAGUACAGAUACCUUGAUAUGUUUGUUAGUUGGUGGUUUAAUGUUAACCGAAUAUUCCUUAUGUUAUCCAGUAUAUAUUAUAUCAGGUAAAUUUCUGUAUGUAUAAUAUAAAAAAAAUUUUUUUUUGAGACAGGGUCCUGCUCUGUCACCCAGGCUGUAAUACAGUGGUAUGAUCACUACCCACUGUAGACUCAGCCUCCCAGGCUCAAGCAAUCCUCCCACCUCAGCCUUUUGAGUAGCUGGGUCUACAGGUAUACACCAUCACUCCUAGAUAAGUUUUAAUUUUUUUUUUUUUUGAGAUGUUUCGCCCUUGUUGCCCAGGCUGGAGUGCAAUGGUGCUGUCUUGGCUCACUCCAAUCUUUGCCUCCCAGGAUCAAGUGAUUCUCCCUCCUUGGCCUCCCGAGUAGCUGGAGUUACAGGUGCCCACCCACCACACCUGGCUAAUUUUUUGUAUUUUUAGUAGAGAUAGGGUUUCACCAUGUUGGCCGGGCCGGUCUUGAACUCCUGACCUUCAGGUUAUCCACCUGCCUUGGCCUCCCAAAGUGCUAGGAUUACAGGGGUAAGCCACCGUGCCCAGUCAAUUUUUAAAUUUUUUUGUAGAGAUGGAAUCUUACCAUGUUGUUCCAGCUGGUCUUGAAUGCCUGGCCUGAAGCAAUCCUCUUGCCUCAGCCUCCCAGAGUGCUGGGAUUACAGAUAUGAACCACAGUGCCAGGCUGAAGCUUCUUUAUUGUUGGAUUUAAUGCAUAGGUUAAAUUUAGAACAUUGGCAAAUUUUCAUGAAUUAAAAAAAUAGUCUAGAAAAAUGAUCAGAGUUGUGUUUCUGGGGUUGGGACUAUCAGGGCAUUAAUGAGUGAUUUGGAAGCUCUAGCUCUUUCUACAACACUGGUAGGAUAUAACCUAGAGGAGAAGCCCUGGGUUAUUGUAAUGUAGAGCCACACUGUUCUCUAGGAUGCUAUCUCUCAUACCAUAUUCCCCCAUACCCAAGCUUUCUAUUGUAGAACUUUUCAGACAUGUAGAAAACCUAACAGAAUAAUUCAACAAACACCCAUAUUCUCCCUACCCAGAUUCAGUAGUUAUUAACCUUUUGCUAUAUUGGCUUUAUAAGCCUGUCCCUCUUUCUCUGUAUGAAUACUUUUUACCUGUACCAUGUGAAGUUAAGUUUCAAGCAUCACAAAUACUUACCAUUAAACGCUUCAGAAUAUAUGUUCUGAGAAUAAGAACAUUUUCCUACAUAACCACAAUAGCAUUAUCACACCUAGGAAAAUUGGUAAUAACUUGGAAUGCUUUUCAAAAAAUCAGUUCAUUAAAGGCACAUGAAUUUAUAUUCUAGUAAAAAUUAAAUUCAUAUAAAGCGAGAAGUUUCAUAGAAUAUGGAAUUCUGGAAAUUUCUGGUAAAGAUACGCAUUUCUUCUCUGUGUUUGCUAGUAAGGCCACUACUUGAAACAUUUUUGUGAGGUAAACACAUUUUCUAUGUUUGGUGAGGUAAAAUAUUUCUGACUCUCCCAUUGUAUGAUCAUAGCCAUGAGAAGAAAGAAACAUUCUCAAAGAUCAUGUCACAGUGUGGUUUAGAGGAAAAAGCUCAGUUUUGAGUCAGAAGGAUCAGUGUUGGUUCAAACAGUUGCUCUGCCAACUUCCCUGCAGGUGACCUUGCAGUGAAGUUCUUGUAUCAGUUAAGAUGCUUUCAGAAACUGCCCUCAAGCUCACUGGAAUCAUUAGGAAAUGUGUUUUCAGAAAAAAUUCAGAGGCAGGGCAGGCUUCAGGGUUGGUCAGUUCUGUAGCUCAGGUUACGUGUCUUUCUGCUGUGCCAGGCUCCUUGUUGGCUCUGACUUUGUUUCAGCUUCUUCCUCCAGUGGGUUUAUAGCCAUACAUUACUAUAUUCAGAAGUCAGAAACCUCUCCACAGGGAUGGACUGUCAGUUUUCCUGUCUGAUCGGGCAUCUCAGCUCACUUCUGGACCAGUAACUGUCUUCAGAGAGCAUUCUGCCCUGGAUGGCUUGGACUGACCUGUAACCCUGACCCUAGAGCCAGGAUGGGGUUCCAUUAGGUAGAGGAAGGGAGGAAUAAAUGUUGGGUAUGUCUCUAAGACUCCAUUUUCUUUGCUGUAAAAUAGUAACAGUGAUAUCUACCUCUAUGCAUAUUACUUGUUAUCAAAUAAGUAAAGCAACAAACACAAAGCCGAUCUUUAAUAAAUGUUCAUUCGUGGCCCGGUGCGGUAGCUCACGCUUGUAAUCCCAGCACUUUGGGAGGCUGAGGCGGGUGGAUCAUGAGGUCAGGAAUUCAAGACCAGCCUGUCCAAUAUGGUGCAACCCUAUUUCUACUAAAAAAUACAAAAAUUAGCUGGGUAUGGUGGUGCACACCUAUAGUCCCAGCUACUUGGGAGGUUGAGGCAGGAGAAUCGCUUGAACCCAGGAGGUGAAGGUUGUGAUGAGCUGAGAUGGUGCCACUGCACUCCAGCCUGGGUGAUAGAGUGAGACUCUAUCUCAAAAAAAAUUAAAAUAAAAUAAAAUAAAUGUUAAUUCCUAUUCUUUCUUCUCUCCUUUCAAUCUUAUAUAAAAUUCCAUUUUCCUUUGAUGCUGCCACACUCCAUACUAGUGAGCAUUUGUCAGUGACUCUCCCUUGGCUGGUCUCCUACCUGACCUCUCACCUCACUGUCUAGGGCAUAGCAUUUUAUGUGAGCUUUGCAAAUUGGUCAGACCUUCCAUUAACCUAUCUUGCCCAUCUUAUUUUUUUUCUCAUAUAUUUCUUUUAAAUUUAUUCCAUAAUAUAUACCUAGAAACAUCUUCUAUUUCUCAACUUCACUUGAUAUUUUUCCAAAGCCAAGGAAGGGAAAUUGUUAACAAUGUGGACAAGGCCAGGCAUGGCAGCAAGUACCUGCAGUCCCAGCUACUCUGGAGGCUCAGGCAGAAGAAUCACUUGAGCCCAGGAGUGCAAGAUCAGCCUGGGAAACACAGCAAGACCCCACAUUUAAAAAAUAACACUUAAAAAAAAACAGUGUGUUGUACAUAUUUAUCAAAUGUGAAGAAAAAUGUCUUCAGCUUUACUCUUCAUAAAAACAGAGUUGAAAUAGAUUUCCCCUUUUAUGAAAAGAAAACCAUGAUGACCCAUGAAAAGGUCAGCAAAAUAAAGUGCUGUUUGAAAUAUAGUAUCUUGUUUGUCCAGGAUAGACCAGGUCUUUGAUAUUUCAGGAAAAUCUAGACUCACCACAGUAGUUUAGCUGCUCCAGUUUCAUCAGAACUUCCUUUUAAAAAAAAUUGUGUCUAAGUGGAGCAUGGUGGCUCAUGCCUGUAAUCCCAGCACUUUGGGAGGCCAAGGCAGGCGGAUGGAUCAUGAGGUCAGGAGUUUGAGAACAGCCUGGCCAACAUGGUGAAACCUCGUUUCUACUGAAAAUACAAAAAUUAGCCCGGUGUGGUGGUGGGUGCCAGUAGUCCCAGUUACUUGGGAGGCUGAGGCAGGAGAAUUGCCUGAACCUGGGAGGUGGAGGUUGCAGUGAGCCGAGAUCACGCCACUACACUCCAGCCUGGGUGACAGAGUAAGAGUCUGUUUCAAAAAAAAAAUGUGUCUAAUUUACCAAUAAAUCUUUUUUGGAUUCUUUUGUCUUGAACCCUCUCAUACCUACUUUAAGAGAGAGUCAUCUUCCGAAGAUGUGUUUUCCAAAUACUGUAUGUCGGAACAAUGGAGGGUCUUUGUUCAGGCAUGCCCUAUUGAAAAUAGAGAGAAAAGAAUUGUCGUAUUUUUUCACCCGGGGGAUUUCUAAAGCACUUCUGAAACACCUGUAAUGUCCUGCAAAAUUGCCACAACCCAAUUACAUGGGAUGAUUUUUCCUUUUGAAUUUUCUUCCAAAAUGACAGGAUUACUCUUAAAGGAAAGUUAUUGAUCCCUGUUGACCCCUGUAAGUAGAACGUUUUAACUCUGCCACCCUCCAUGGCAAGAGUAUAGAGGAAGGGUGAAAAGUCUGCUGUUCUGCUUGACUUGGAAGGUGCUGAACCCUGGCUUGUGCCUUUCUGUUACAUUUUUUUCAGUGUCUUUAAUUUUUAGAUUUAGUGGUAUCUAUUGAUCUUUUAGGCUCUGUGAAUACUGAAAAUACUCCGAUUUUGAAUGGUUCCAUCCAUAAUUCAGAGCUCCUGCUAGUAUGAAUCUUUUCAGCCAGAGAGAUGGUUUUUAAAGGAACUCUUUAAGUAUGUGUUGAUGUUUUUUACAUAUCUCAAAUUAGGUUCUGUUAUUGUAAUGCUGCAAAUGAAAGCAAAACUCGGAGAUAAAUUAUAAUUUUAUUGAAGAAGCCAGAGAAGGGACAUUGUGGCUAUAAUUUUGGUUAAAAGUGCUGAGUUUUGAGAAUAAAAAAUUUGAAAUUCAUAUUGCAUUCCUUAAAGGGCUACUGGUUAUUUUUAAGGAGGAUGAAAUAUGAUUAUAACUUAGGAAGCUUGGUUUCAUUUGAGCACAUUUUAAAUGUUAGUGCCUUGCAGAAAAGUUUUGUGGACAAGAUUCCUUUCGCUGUGUAACAAAUGCUUUUACUGUUUAGCCAAGGUUUGCUACUAAUGGCUCAGAGACUGAAAUGAAAAGUGAAAUGGCUGUUGUCUCCCCUCUGAUAGCUUGAUUUUAUUUUUAUUUCUGCUACCCACUGUUAAACAAAGAAAGCCAAGAUCAGGAUCCAAAAGCUCAAACAAACUAACAUUUAAUUUCCCAACUAGAAUAAGACUGGCCUUGCCGUGAUGUGAAAGUCUUGUAUAGGAAACAUUUAUUCGUAGCUGCACAGUUGAGCAUAGUGAUUGCUGGAUCAGGGUGUACUCUUGCCUCCAGACAGUCAAGCAGGUAAAAAACAAUCGAGACUAAGAAGUCGGACUGACUCAAUUUCUCUCUGUUGAGAAAUGUUUUAACUGUGUUUCUUGCCCCUACUUCUUGCUCUACUUGAGAGAAUGGACCAAAAGUCUAAGUAACAGCGGUUUGGAAAGCAAUAAAGAGGCCAGAGUGUAUUAUCUGCCACUUAUUACUGAGGGUAUAUACUCCAAUGAUAGAGCAAUCGCUAGAGUUUUGUCUUUGUGUUUGCUUCUUUCUUGCUUCUGUCAUUCCUGUGUACUAUCUUGGAGCUUCUCGUGGGCAAGAUCUACAACUUCAAGUUGUGUGCAAUGGAUUCUAAGGGCAAACUGCCAUAGUUCCAAGUCAUUUAUUGUUUUCGUUUUUCUCGAGGAAUUCUUAUCCUAAUGGAAACUGCAGCAUGACCGGUGAAAAAUUGUUGACCAGCUAAGGAAAAUGUAUUUACAGUAGUUUUUAAAAACUAUUUGGAAAAGAGCUUAUACUUGGAGAAAAUUUGUCUUUACUUUGGCAAAGUCCCUAGACAUAAGCUUUACUGUGUACCAGGUCAUGGAUCCAUCUUUCCUACCUUAGCAUGAAUCCUUGUGGUACAAAGAUACUCUUGUCUUCUCAACACUGUUGUGUUCCACUACCACUAAUUUCACAUCAUCACUAGUGUAGUGACUACUGAAUGGUCUAAGUACACUAGAUUGACAUGGGUCAUGAAUAUUUGAUUUUAUUGGCAGUACUUAUGCGUCUUAAGAACAAUAUGAUAAAAAUGGAAACAUUUUCCAUGUGGGCUAAUUUAGGAUUAUUAAUAGAAUCAUAAAGGCAUUUGACCACUCUUUUUUCUGUUUUGUUCUGAUAUGAUGAUUGGACAGGGAGUUGGACAAAGAAACAUUGCAUAAAAUGGAUCACUUCGAUGGUGUAGGAGAGGUGCUUGUUGCUACUACUUUUUAUUUGUCUAUGCAAUCUACAAAUCAGUUCAUACGGCCUCUGACAACUGUUCUGGUGAGCUAGCUUUGUGUAUUUUGGAGAAACUGUGACUUUUAUUAUUGAAUAACUGUGUGAGUAAUUAUAAUAAUAAAACUGUGUAUAAGAAUAUAAUAUAAUAAUUAUGUGAAUAAUAUAAUAAUGAAACUGUGACUUUUAUUAUUGAAUAAUUAUGUGAAUAGGAGUUUUAAAAAAAUGGAUUUUCUGUUUCCUGAAAUAGAGGCCUUUUCUUUAAGAUUAUUUUGCUUCACUUUAUGUUAGUUAUUUUUGAUGUUGUUGGUAUGAGAAUUACUCUGUUAAAUUGUUUUUCAAUCCAAGUUGUUGACAUUCCAGCUAGCAGUAUCCCUACCUUUCGCCUUUGGAAUACAAAAUGAGAUGCACUUUGGAAUACUUAAAUCUUAAUUUUUGAAUGCUAGAUGUAGGUAUCAGUUCAAACUAACUACACCAUUAUAUGAAGAGGGAAAAAAAUAGGUAUUUUUUUUUUUUUUUUGAGACGGAGUUUUGCUCUUGUUUAUCCAGGCUGGAGUGCAAUGGUGCGAUCUCGGCUCACCGCAACCUCUGCCUCCUGGGUUCAGGCAAUUCUCCUGCCUCAGCCUCCUGAGUAGCUGGGAUUACAGGCACGUGCCACCAUGCCCAGCUAAUUUUUUUUUUUUUUGUAUUUUUAGUAGAGACGGGGUUUCACCAUGUUGACCACGAUGGUCUCGAUCUCUUGACCUCAUGAUCCACCCGCCUCGGCCUCCCAAAGUGCUGCGAUUACAGGCGUGAGCCACCGCGCCCGGCCCAAAAAUAGGCAUUUUUAUGACUAGGAAAAAGUUGUUGGCAAAGAAGAGUUCUGUUUUGUUCAGUCAGUUACUGAAAUGGAAUUUUUAUUAGGUGUGUCUUUGAGGCUAAAAUGAUUUAAUACUUACAGUCACCUAUGAGCAUUUGUGUAGUGAGUUCUUGGAACCCUUUGUGCUCCUGGAGAGCAGUUUAUGUAGCAAAUGUGUAGUAAGCGAGUGUAUUAUGACUUUCCUAGCUAGCACACCAUUGAGCACGUGAUGUUUCGGUGUACUGGAGUGCAGCAAGCAGUUAAGCCAUGGGGUGUCAAGUAGAAGCUCAGGCACUUGGUCAACCCAGUUAUAAAUUUCUAUUCUUCACAUGUCCUCCUAUUUUCUCUGUGUGCAUUAUAAUUGGUUUUAGUGAUCCUGUCAAUUUGACAAACCGAAAAAGGUAACAAAAGUAAAGUCCAAAUAGUCAGUAAAAGUUGAAUAGGGGCAAAUAUUAAUAAGGGUUCCUAUCAAUUCAGUUUCUGUUACUAUUCCUCUUACUGAUUGCCUUGACUGGCAAGUUGACUGUUUUACCUUAUGUGAGGUUUUAUUCUUUUAAAAAUAGAGUUCAUGAACUUUGUGCUGGCUCCAAAUGUGUCAAGCUCUGCUCUCAUCAUUGCUUUGUUCAGUUGAUAAAAUUCCUGCUCAUUUAAAGCAUUCCUAACUCAGACUAUUAACACUCCUGCCUGCCACGUUUUUGCUAUCAUUGUUUCACAUCAUUGACUUGUGUAUUCAGGUGUCCUUUUUUUUUUGAGACGGAGUUUCACUCUUGUUGCCCAGGCUGGAGUGCAAUGGUGUGACCUCAGCUCACCACAACCUCUGCCUCAAACAAUUCAAGCGAUUCUCCUGCCUCAGCCUCCUGAGUAGCUGGGAUUACAGGCAUGCUCCACCACACCCAACUAAUUUUUUGUAUUUUUAGUAGAGACGGGGUUUCUCCAUGUUGGUCAGGCUGGUCUCAAACUCCUGACCUCAGGUGAUCCACCCACCUCGGCCUCCUAAAGUGCAGGGAUUACAGGCAUGAGCCACAGUGCCAAGCCGUCAGGUAUCCUUUACUACAUAAAGGAAUGAAGCUGGUGACAGCCAUUUUCAAGUAUAAUCUGAAACUACUUCCAGAUUUUUCUACAAAGGUAUUUGGCAUCUGGUUAGCACUCAUGUUGGAUGGGAACCCUGGGAUAGCCCUUUAGGUUUCUUGACAUGUUUAGGAUAUGUGGCCAAUGUUACUUGCUGGCACCUACCCUGAAAAAGUUGAACUGGUGUCAUACUUUUAUGCUUCUGUUACGUCUAACUAUAAAAUGAAGGAAAUGCUCAUGGCACUUCCCCCUUAUUUAGUGAGUUCUCUGCAGCUCUCAGAGGAGUUGGCCAGGGGCCGCUGGAUGCCAGUCCAUGUUUCUGUUCUUUUCUAGUUCCUGUAAUGUAAUGUUGCAUAAAACGUGCACUUGUUAUCUUCUUUUUUUCUUAUGUUCUCCUAAAAACUGAAAAGUAAUAUUUGCUAUUAUCAUCACCAUUUCUCAGACACUAAGAAUAAGGCCCAUCUUGCUAAUUAUUUGACCUAGGAGUCUACGUAAUGAACUGCAGAGCUAAACAGAACUUGGGAUUCUUUCUGGCCUUCAUUUCACUACUGAGCCACAGUUUCCACCCUUUUCAGCUACACUUAAAACAGGACCAAAGAAACUAAUUUCCAGGUACCAAGAAUAUUUCUCGCAUCUCUUCUUCAGUGUUCCAGUGUUAGGAUUUAUAUGAGAUUUAUUGUAUGAAGUAAAGCUUCAUUGCCAGUUAUAAACACGAUCCACUCCCAUAUUAUUCCUGAUUUGACUGCUAUCCCAGAAGGUGAUGGAUAGUUGAAGAAAGAUUAAAAUGAAUGCAGCCCCUAUUUUCUUUUUUGCCCUUCUAAAUUUGAUUUAACAGGUUGCUUGCUGCCAGGAAAUUUCAUGAAUGGGCAAAUGUUAAUAAGCCAGAUUUUUCCCCUUUAUAGUAAUAAAUGUAACAGAAUAUCUCCCCAAAGUAGAUUCAGUUAGAGUAUGUUAGUACUUGAGCGAGUACUACCUGAACUUACAGGAGAAACCAACUGCAACCACUCUGAAAAUGAUGUGGUUCCUAUAAAACUUGGUUACUGCAGUCUGAACAUAUUUCAUGCUUUGAAAUAUUUUGUCCAUAGUUCUUUUUGUUAGUGAAUGUACAGCUUGAGGAGAGUUCUGUAAAAACUAGAAUAGACUUUCUGCUUUCAAAAUACUUUUUAAAAAUCAAACUGAGGAUAAAGUUGCCAAGUGACAGGAUUUCCCCACUUUCAGAGUAACAAAAGUGAAAGUUGGAUUUUGAUCAAUUUUGCUUAAUCUUCUUAGUGAAAACCUAAGAUCCAAAGUGCACGCUGAGCGCACGCACCAAGCAGUUAAGCAGUUUUGUUGUUUUAGUGCCGCUGAACGUGAACUGGUACAUGUACACACAUGCCACACAUAAAGAGUCCAUUCUUGCUCACAUGCAGACCGAGAAGUCUGGCCGCAGAGGUCUUGGGCUCAGUGGUAGUUGGCAGCCUCUCUUCUCCUGUAAACAACAGCCUGACGUCACCCCAUGCAGUGGUGAUAGCAGACCAACUUCAGAGAUUCCCAAUUGACAGAAUGGUGGAAGGGCUGGCUUUGAUCAUCUUCAGUCAUGCUUGAGUGAACGCAAUGCAGAGAAAUGUGUUAAUGUCAGACAUACUGGAGUAGCCCUUAAAACUGUUUUUGAAGUACAUAAUCUGUGAAUCUUCACAUGUAAUCCCAACAACAAAUCUGUGUGAUCAGCAAGAGAAUUGUGGCUAUUCCGAUCAUAGAAAUGUGCCAGUUCAAGUCCAGAGAAUACAAAAGUUGGUAAGUGGUGGUGGAGUGACUCAAAUUUAGGCCUUCCAAACCCUGUCUUAUCUCUCUUUCCACUAUAUUGAAUAUUUCUGUAGAAUAGUAAUUGUUAAUUGUUCUAUUCUGCUACUUCCUUUCUCACCUAAAAUGUGUGGGGUGAUGAAUUAUGGGAUUCCCCCCCCCCGUAGUCAAGACAUCUGUGCAUUAAUGUCAGAUAUACUCUUUCUGCAUUCAGCAACUCCUAGACAAUAAGGUAACACACUCCUCUGCCUCCGAGAGAGCCUUUGAAAAAUCUAGCAUAAGCCUACCCUCACAGCUUAAUUGGGAAGAUUUAUUAACAAGAUGAUCCUGUUGCUCAUUUGGCUUCUGAAAGCUACAUAAAACUGAGAGGAUGAAUGGUCGUAAUUCUUGUGUGUUGUUAACUGGAAGAGACAAAACUAACAUGAAAGGACUGCUCUAUUAGUUAGAAAUCAGAAUUUUAUUGGGGGAGGAGGAGAAAGUUGAAUAGCUACUGGUGAAAAUACAACUUAUUAGUUAUAUAAAACAGUUGUCUUUUCUCAUGUGUCCACUUCUGUUUUACUUUCAGGCAGUUACAAAAAGUAGAAAAAGAACUGUUACCUUUCAUGAUUUAUAUAGUUGCAUAUAUGAUUUGGGAAUACUUCACAUUGUAGGUAGCUCUUGGUUUUCUGUUUGUGACUGAGUUAGUUUUUCAGGGUGACCUUAAGAAUAGGCGGGAAGAGUGCUUAGAUAUGUGUGGAUUAUUCACAGUGAAGUAUGUGGACCUUCUGUGCUGAAUGCCCAGAACUUGGAGCAGCUCACCUGAGAGGUGUAUGUUUAGGGAAUACAAAAUUAUGUUGAUUUUAGUUUACCCCUGACUGAAAAUGUAUUAACAUCCUAUACAUUAAAAAAGCAAAUGUAGUUUUUAAAAAAACUGCUUUUUAAAAAUGCUCUUGGGAGAUAGUACGCACGCAAAAAACGAGUUUUAACUAAAGCUGUGAUAACCAGAGGUUAAUUAUUUAGCAACCUCAAUAAGCUAGCAUCUAUACAAUAAUUGGCUAAAAUAUACCCAAGAAAAAAGUACACUUGGGCCAGGCGCGGUGGCUCAUGCCUGUAAUCCCAGCACGUUGGGAGGCUGAGGCAGGUGAAUCACCUGAGAUCAGGAGUUUGACACCAGCCUGGCUAACAUGGUAAAACCCCAUUCUACUAAAAAUACAAAAAUUAGCUGGGCGUGAUGAGGAUAGCCUCCCGAGUAGCUGGGUGUGUCUGUGUCUGUAGUCCCAGCUACUUGGGAGGCUGUGGCAGGAGAAUUGCUUGAACCUGGGAGGCAGAGGUUGCAGUGAGCCAAGAUUGCACCACCACACUCCUGCCUAGGUGAUUGAGCAACAGUCCAUCUCAAAAACAAACAAAAAAACUACAUUUUGGGUGAAAGAACUGUAUCUUACUGAUAAAAUAAAACAACCUAAAAAGGGUAUUUAUUUUGCAUUUUAUUUCAUUAAAUGGAAAAAGAUGUUUUGCCUUUAAAAGAUGAUACUACCAGUUUUUAAAAUUACAUCAGGCUGAAGGAAUAAAAUAUAUAAAACGUUCUUAAAGCCUCCAUUUAUGAAGAAACAAAGAAAACAAGUCACUGCCUUCUUAUCAUCUCUCUCUUUUUCCUGUGAGUGACAAAGAAUAGGAGCAAGUAACAGCUGCUGGCCAAAGCCUCUCGCUUCUGUUCUGCAAUUAAAGUCUCAAAGUCUGGGGCUACUGUGAGAGUGGACUGACACGUGCAGGGAGCAGCCCGAGCAAUGCAUUGUGCUGGGGAGCAUCCUGCGGUAAGCUGCUCAUGCAGGGAGUAGCCAUGCAGCAGCUCAAGCUGAGAGCAGCCCUUGCAGUGCUGUGUGUACCCUGUGGGAUGCAGUGCAGAAAGCAGUCAGUGCAGCAGGCAUACCAGUCUGGGUCUUCCCCAACACUGCCCUUGGGAAAACCCACACCUAUUCUUACAGGAAUGGCAGGAGGGAGUCUGCCCAAACCAGCUUUAAGUUAAAAACAAAACAAAGCAAAAGAAUUUCUAAAGUGAUGCAGCUUAUCAUCUAACAGGCAGUGGAGUUUCUUAGCACUGCCUGAGGUUGUUUGUAAUUGUAAACAAGUAGUAGUAAGGGCAGAGGCCAGAUGUUAGAUAACUGAAGUCAGUGGUAGAGACCAGCUGGAGAGCCAAGCUGGGCUUAGAUUUUAACUCUUAAGUUGUCUUACUGUCCACUCCACACAUAGAUAUAACAUGAGCAAAAAACAAAGUAGAAUUUCAAUUUUAAUUCUUCAGGAAAGCAUUAGCUUUUUUUUAACACCUCAGAGUUUGUUGAAAAAUCCAUUUUGGCAGGUCGGUACAAGGAAUAAUAGCAUCUGUAUUUCUAUGGUGCCUUGCAGUUUGUAAGUGCUGUCACGAGCAUUAUCCUAUUUAACACCCACAGUCACAGCCACCUUGUGAGGUAUUGUCUUUCCCAUUUGACAAAUGAGGAAACAGACUUCUGAGAGUUUACAGCUUGUCUAAGGACACACAACUAGUAGUCAUUAGAGCCAUCCUGCUCCAGUAUUCCCUCCACUGUGCACCCAGCACUUUGAUAGCAUCUAGCUUCCUGUCUUCCCUAUCUCUCACUCUCAUAUUUGCACAGAAAACCACAGUCUAACAAUCUGCCUUAGUGACCAUUCCAUGUUACUUACUCACAGUAAGAACAUAAAUGUCAUCAAAGGGUAGCUUCUUGAUUGACUUUGAAGUCAAUAAUUGAAUAAAGGAGGAGCCUUGUUAUUUCUUACUUAGAACCAUGCUGAAUGAACCUUAGGGACCAUUUUGUUCAAAUAUGUACAUAUAUCUAAAUCUAGAGUAAAGGCCUUCAUAAGGAAAGUGAAACUCCAGUUAAUUGCAAAGACUAGGGCCCACUUCCUCAAACUCAGACCAUUGUGUUCUUUCUUUUAGAUACCUUUUUCAACAGAGGUACAGUUCUUGUCUCAAGAGCCAAUUUGACUUGAGCUUCAGAUAUUCCUGAGUAUCUACUCUGUGCAAAGCCCUGUGUGGAAUCAGCUCUGCAGGAGUUUCAGAUCUAGUGAGAGAGACUUAAUCUAUGAGAAAAUGCACCCAAUGCUAAGUCUUCAGCCAUUUAAAAGACUAAGAAUGUCAUAGAUAAUCCAAAUUUGGUCUUGGUUGUCUGGAAAGAUUUAUGAAGAAGUCCUUUCUUAUAUGUUCUUAUACGACCUCCUAUUUGUAGAAAAAUAGCAACUGUGGCCACUUUGGAACUUUUGGAAUAAUGCCACCCAUUCCUGAAAAGCUGAAGUAUUAAGAUUAAAAGCAAAUCAAACUGUGAUUAUUAGCACCAAGUUUCUUUUCUUUUUUUUUUUUUUGAGACGGAGUUUCGCUCUUGUGCAAAUGCAGGCUGGAGUGCAAUGGCAUGAUCUCGGCUCACCGCAACCUCCGCCUCCUGGGUUCAGGCAAUUCUCCUGCCUCAGCCUCCUGAGUAGCUGGGAUUACAGGCACGCGCCACCGUGCCCAGCUAAUUUGUUGUAUUUUUAGUAGAGACGGGGUUUCACCAUGUUGAUCAGGAUGGUCUCGAUAUUUUGACCUCGUGAUCCACCUGCCUCGGCCUCCCAAAGUGCUGGGAUUACAGGCGUGAGCCACCGCGCCCGGCCAGCACCAAGUUUCUCUUUAGGCCUUGCCCUAAAAGUUUUAACUUAGAAAAUAACAUAAAACUCAUAUUUUAUUAUAAAAGCCCUGGUAAUAACUUUGAGCUCCUUAAAGUACAUUUUCAAAGAGCUGAUGGUGAGGAAGCCACAUACUUCAUGGGCCUUCCCUGAGCACUGAUCAGCUGAGAACCUGGAGAGCCUUUCUGAGUAUACCCCCGAUAAUUUGGGCUGUCUGCAAGUCAAGCUGAAUUGAUAGGGAAUGCAUAAUUGAUCAGGAUAAUUACAAGUGCCGUUAUAUAAAAGAGAUCAGUUUACCAAUGAACACUCACAGAAUGCCUUUAUAGACCUAACUUGCACCAGAGUUAAAUUUGUCUUUCUCAAUAGUUGCUUUCAAAACUGAACAAACUGCAUUGUAUAAAUGGGUCAGCUUUUACAGUAUUCUGCAUAAAAUAUUCAGAUAUACACAAAGGCAGUUGGAUUGUAAAUUUCAAGGGCAAACUAGUCUCCAAUAAAGCAGGUAUGGGAGGAAGCUGUGUUAUGUUCUUAGAGGAAUGAGUUUCUCUUUAACUUAAAAAACUGCAUUCAAUAUCCUGCUUGCUUUGCUUGGAUCAUACUCAGCUUCUAUUUUUUGCCUUUUAGCCAACCUCUUUUCAUUUUUUCAUGUUUCUGCCUCUCAGUCAGCAGUAUUUGGCUAUAAUCAGGUGAUUUUGCCCUCAGUUAGUUCUCCAGGGCCUAAGAACUCAAUAGAAUAGAAUAAUUUGGGGUUAGUUUUUUUGGUUAUUUUUUGAGACAGAGUUUUGUUCUUGUCUUCCAGGCUGAAGUGCAAUGGUGCAAUCUCAGCUCACUGCAACUUCCACCUCCUGGGUUCA